AUGGGAACCAAAUUUAGACCCAUUUGGGUUGCUUUUCUCCUUUUGCUGUUCUUGUCCUCUACUGUGUUUUCUUCGCCCCAUGAUGGUUUAAUUCGAACUGGGCUGAAAAAGAAGAAAGUGGAUCAAGUCAACAGGUUUGUUGGACAGACGGACUCUAAGGAAAGGGAAACAGUAAGGGUACCUGUCAGAAAGUAUAAUCUCCAUGGUAAUCUUAAAGACUCGGACACCGAUAUUGUUGCACUUAAGAACUAUAUGGAUGCACAAUAUUUUGGUGAUAUUGGCAUUGGUACUCCUUCCCAAACAUUCACUGUGAUAUUUGACACGGGAAGUUCUAAUCUUUGGGUGCCCUCUUCAAAGUGUUACUUUUCAGUGAGUCUCUUUAACCUUCUCACUUUAGUUAUUCAAGAAUCUUUAUUCAAUGGAAUUUUACUGNUUAAUUAA